UCUCUUUGUGUGUCUCUACAAGGUAAAGUGACUUUGUUUCAGCAGACCGGUUUAUGUGAACCCUUUUAAGCUUUAGUUUUGGCUGAUAGCAGCAGAUUGAAUAUGGCGUCAUCAGCAGCUGUGAACAGACCUCCUCCAGCUCAUCCAGGGCCAAACCCUGAGAGCCUCCCCUCCUACAACCACAGUCGAAUACCAAACCCUGGACUGCAGGAUCCAGGACUGCAGGGCCCCAGCCAGGAUCUGGGACCCCAUGUAGAGCAGAGCAGCGUCCUGGAGCCUAAAGUCAUCUUUGAGACUGCAGAGCAAGAUGACAACGACGGACCUUUAAUCCUAAAUGACAACUCUGUUGUCAAAACUUGUAAAGAGAGGAGGCACAGCCUCAGGUUUUCCUCCUCGGACUCGGUCCUGAUGUCAGACAACUUCCUCGUGUUCAGCACGCCGGCUGUGCAGCAAAGUCGGUCACAGAGGCCAGAAAUGGAGAAUGAGAGUGAUGCCUCUGAUAUGGGAGAAUCGCAGCGAGGCCAGAGCAUGACUCUCACAGAACACGUCCCCUCAGCUUCCUCUGAGCAAGAGGAGAAAAGCUCCUCUGAGCAAGAGGAGAAAAGCUCCUCUGAGCAAGAGGAGAAAAGCUCCUCUGAGCAAGAGGAGAAAAGCUCCUCUGAGCAGGAGGAGAAAAGCUCCUCUGAGCAAGAGGAGAAAAGCUCCGCUGAGCAAGAGAAUCCUCUCUGACUGGUUUUACUCAAGAAGUCCAAAAGACUAACCCCACCAAGUCCUUUCCUAUCCACUUACCCAGAUAAAAAACUUCAGAGCAUGGUCAUAGUGAGUAUUUUAUUUGCACAUAAAUUGAUCACUUAAUACAUUUCUGUGUAUCCAUUCAACUCUGACAAAGCUGCUGUAUCCUCUCUGCCAGCUUCAGGCAGUGCAGGAUCCGGACUCUCUCCUUCUUGAGCUCCUCUUGACUAACUUGACCCGUUAGCUUGGCAGAGAAGUGGAUCAGGUCCUGCAUGAAGAGGCCCACCGCCCCUCUGGGUGUGGCAGGGAACUGUGUCAGAGUGCAGGUGUCAAAUUGGAAGUUGAUGUUCUUGGCCCUUUGCAGGUCUGGUCCUCGUUCCUCGAUCCACGUCAGAGGUCUACAAGGACACAGGUUUAUGUUAGUCUCUGGAGGACUGAGACUGGGACACAUUCACAGAUUUACAUCACCCCUUGUUGGUUCUUCUUACCUGCUGUCAGAGGUAAGAAACCUGGCGGUCAUUUUAGUGUAGUUUCUACCAGAGUCCUCCUCCAUGGUUGCUGCGGUGGCUGACAGCGGACCGAACCACUCCACCAAGCAGGUGAGGCGGGCGAUGCCAGAGAAGGCCGGGAAACCAGCUCCAGGCUUCAGAGGUCCACCUUGGGAAAAAUGAGCCAUUUUAAUUUUUCCAAAAUUAUGUCUGCACAAGUCUGAACAUGAACAUAUUCAACUUGAGCAAACUGAACAAUAGGUUGACCUCAUUCUCGGC